GAGCGAGCGUAUCGUGUGGGUCAGUAAUAUUUUGGUUUCGGCGAAAACACAACCGCUCGGUGGCUCUUCGAAAGAAAUAAAAAUGCGUGUGGCUAUUUUGGGAGGCGGUAUAAAUGGCUUUUGCUGUGCCGUUAGAAUACAGGAGUUCUAUCAAAAACAAAAUCGUCCCAUCGAGGUGACAGUGUUGUCGGAAAAAUUCUCACCCAAUACAACGGGUGAUGGCUCGGCUGGUCUGUGGGGUCCAUAUUUGUUGGGUGGCACCCCAACAGAGAAAGUGCACAAAUGGUCCAAGGGAAUGCAUGACUUCUUGCAAGAAUUGUGGGUCUCUGAAGAUGCCGGUGAGGCUGGCAUAUGUUUAAUGCCAGUGAUACGUCUAACGACAACCGAUACACCUGUUGAUGAUUUCUGGAAAGAUAUUGUCUAUGGCUGUCAAGACAUGACACCGGAGUUGUUAAAGGAAUAUAAUUCAAACAGAGCAAAGAAAUACACUUCCGGACUUCAUUUCGUCACAUACACCUCCGAGCCACGAAAACUGCUACCUUACCUAAUGAAGCGUUUUGAAAAACAUGGUGGUAAGGUUAUGAAACAAAAAAUCGAUAGCCUUGAGAAAUUCUUACAAAACAGUGAAUACGAUGUGGUCAUCAACUGUACCGGUUUGGGAUCACAACAGGUGAUUGGAGAUAAUAACAUGUAUCCAGUUCGUGGUCAAGUGGCACGAGUCCGGGCACCAUGGUUGUACUAUUGUCUGUUGGAUGAGAGUGAUGAUGGCAAUUAUAUUAUUCCCAACAUGGACACCGUUGUAAUGGGUGGUACCCAUCAGGAGAACGAUUACAAUAUUAUGCCAUGUCCCAAGGAUAAGAAAUUCAUUAUGGAUGGUUGCUGUGAAAUUGUGCCCGACUUGAAAAAUGCCACACAUUUGUUCGAUUGGGUGGGUUUGAGGCCUGGCCGGCCCAGUCUGCGUUUGGAGGCUGAACAAAAAGGUAAACACUUUGUCAUCCACAACUAUGGCCAUGGUGGCAGUGGUGUUACAUUGGCCUGGGGCUGUGCUGAAGAUGUUCUCGAUAUUAUGGAGAAGACACUACAGAAACAACAUCAACAGAAGGCAAAGCUGUAAAAUCUUAACAUUUGUUAACAGUAACCGAAAUGUAAAUAAACAAAUACAAUUUUCUUUCUUCCAAGAAUGUUUCUCAACAUU